GUCAUUUGCGGAUCUACCACCGCGACCAACGCCGACCGAUUCUAAUUUUUUACCGUUCGAGCAAUUCGCGUUGACGGUGUUGCUGAUAUUUGUUUGGUUUUUGCAUGCGAAAAAGAAACUCGAGAAACUGCGGAAAACCUUCAUGAAUGUGUUGUGUAGUGAUUUUUUAUCCCCAUUAUUGUUCAUAGUUACAAACAUCAUGGACCAACAAACGUCAUGGACCAAAGUUGAUCUGCGAUAACGCACACAUAUAUGAAAUUUGACAGCAGUGAAUCCCCGGAUAUUUCGUCGAUAUCGAUUCACGGUUAUCGAGACAGUAUCACCCAAUACCACUGCCAAAAAGUUACGCGAUUUGUGUUUGUGUUCUAUUUAGUGGUUGCGGAGUGGUCUAGUUUUUCUGCGAUGACACGAUAAUACUUCCAUUUCUCUGCAAAGAGGAAAACUUCCAUUAAUGUUUAGGUAUUUUCCUCACUUUUGGUUCUAAUAGUGAAAUUUAGCUCGCACUUUAAAGAGGAAUAGAAUAAUUUAUAAUGACUGCCGCUGCGAUUCAGUAUCUUAAGAGCCCUGAGCUGGUAGUUAAGGUUCAAGAAUUUUUCGGCAUCGAAUAUCUGAAACAGCGAAAAGCAAAAAUCGAUGUAGGUGGGUUGUCGGAUAGCAAUGGUUAUGACCACUGGCCGGACAAAUGUAAAACAACGAUCAAAUCUACAAACGGAACUGCAAAGGCAAACUGCGAACAAAUUGAUACGAAUGAUAAGAAAGAAUCAGCACAAGAUAGCGGCGGCGAUGAACGGUAUCGCGUGAAUAACAAAUUUUGGUAUUACUUCUUCCUACUCGGAACAGAGCUAGGGGAUGAGAUUUUUUACGCUACAUUCAUUCCUCUGUGGUUUUGGAACAUUGACAGCGCAGUGGGUCGACGGGUUGUCAUGGUUUGGUCAGCGAUAAUGUAUGUCGGUCAAACCUUAAAGGACGUUAUUCGAUGGCCCAGACCUACUUACCCCGUUAGCCGGUUGCAGAAGAAAUGGGCCCUGGAGUAUGGGAUGCCAUCUACGCAUGCGAUGGUAUCCGUAGCAAUACCGUUCUCGGUUUUGAUUUAUACCUACGACAGGUAUAUUUAUUCCUUGCCUUUCGGGUUGGCAUUCGCUCUGGUUUGGUGUGCAGUAAUCUGUUUCAGUCGUAUUUAUUUAGGAAUGCAUACAGUGCUGGACAUAAUAGCUGGGCUGGUCUUAGUUGUGCUACUAAUGAUACCAUUGAUUCCGAUUGUAGACAAAUUAGAUUACAUUAUAGUUACUAGUCGCUGGUCGCCUAUUUUUGUGUUGACUAUUUCCAUUACGCUUAUAGUGUUCUAUCCGGAUUCUGGAAUUUGGACACCGACUAGAGGAGAUACUACACUUACGGUUAGCGUUUGUGCUGGAAUCGAAAUUGGGGCCUGGUUGCAUUACAUGCUUGGUGAUUUUACGGCGCCGAACAAUCCUCCACCAUACGAAAUCAUUUGGCCCUCGUAUGCUAUGCUGGGAAUGCUUCUACUGCGAACGGUUCUCGGCCUUUGUUGCAUUGUGGCAACUCGUGCCUUUGGGAAAUCUAUUUCCUAUGCGUUUGUUUGUUUCCUUUUAGGUCGAGACAAAAACGAGCUCCGCCGGUCGGAAAAUACUCUGGAAAACAAGAACAAAAUCAUCGUUGAGCUUUCGUACAAGUUUUAUACCUAUGGAAUGAUUGGCUUUAACACGCAAUAUCUUUUACCGACUGUGUUCAAACUGUUGCGAAUAGGUCGACCAGAUUUUUACACGGAAAUUUGACUCUACUGUAUGCAAACAUAAAAGUUAUUAGGAAAACACCAAACAUUCCAAAUGCAACAAUUCCUCAACAGGCACAAUUAUGAUAAGCGUAAUCGUCGAAUAAGGCAAGCACAUUUUGUUUUCUGCCAAUAUCGAAAGUCAAUAUCUUUAAGCUCUACUGUGAACUGUCUCCACUCUUUAGAAUUUCAAUCACUAUCAUGUUAUAUUUUAAUAUUCAAGCACGAGUAGACUUUUCUUAGCAAAGUAAUAUGAUACAACGAGCCACAACGAUUUUCAUAUUUGGAUUGAAACUGCACUGCAAGUGUUUGAUACGAAAAAAUACAAGCCCUUUCUAACCGAUUCUAUACAAAUUGUG